UGGAACUUCAACGCAGCAAACGCUACCUUCCUUCAUUCUCUUCCGGGGUUAUGUGAUUAACCUGUCAUGGCGUCCCCCAUCGCUCUCAUCCAAGGGGCCAGCAGAGGACUGGGGCUUGAAUUCUGCAAAUACAUCUUGAAAAACAAAACGCCCGCGGCCGUUAUAGCGACAUGCCGAAACCCGGACGGAGCGGCCGAGCUGCGGGGCCUGGCCGGUCAGCACCCGGGCAGACUGACGGUGCUCAGGCUGGACGUGAACCGGGAGGAGGACAUCCGCGGGGCUGCGGAGCGGGUUAAGGAGAGCUUCGGUCGGCUGGAUCUGAUUGUCAACUCGUCGGCGAUUCUUCAUCCCUCCGGGAAAGGAGAGACCAGCCUAAGGGAUGUUUCUGCUCAGGGUGUCAUUUCCACCUUGACGACCAACACAGUGGGUCCACUGGUUAUGGCAAAGUAUUUUGCCCCGCUCCUUCAGAAGGGUGUUGGUGGUUUCGGUCAACAGCCCGCAGAGAAAGCCAAGCAGCACAGCGGCAUCAUCGUCAACAUGACUGCCAAAGUUGGAUCCAUUGGCGACAACGGUCUUGGGGGUUGGUACAGCUACAGGAUGUCUAAAGCAGCUCUCAACAUGGCCAGCAGGAAUCUGUCUAUAGAGCUGGGCCGCAGUCGACCCAAGGUGGUGUGUGUGUCCUUACACCCAGGAACGGUAAACACAGACCUCUCCCGGCCAUAUCACAAGAAUGUGCCUAAAGACAAGUUGUUCAGUGCCGAACACUCUGUGAGCUGUCUGAUGAGCAUCAUAGACACACUGAAUAUCGAAAAGACUGGCAAGGCGUACAACUGGGACGGGACUGAACUUCCUUGGUAGGAUGAAUAAAUGGACCAAGAGAAGAUUUAUUCACCUCUAGUCUUGAUGCUAAAUCUCUCCGCACCGUCUUACACUUAAAAAUCGUCAGAAUUGAAGGUAGUGCUGUACAGGAGGUUCCUGGUGGAGUCACAGUCGGACCAGUCAAAGACAAACCUCUUCCACUACCUCAAAACCGGCCAAAGUGCUUCAAACACCUCUAACACUUCUGCUUUGUAUAAAGCCAUCACAUAAAGGCCUUAUGUGGCUCUAAGACUUGACACACUUUUAACUAUACUAAUGACGUAACGUAACAUGACAGGGGCUCAUUUUUGUGAUAGAAAUAAUGUAUUACCAUACUAAUCGUGAGGGCUUUUUGCAGUAUCAAGGGCUUUAUGUUAAAGGAGCCGUUUGACAUUUUGGGAAAUAUUCUUAUUAACUUUAAUGCCAAGAGUCACAUGAUAAGAUUGAGGACACACUCAUACAGUAUUUGUUUAUUCAUUAUGAACCUAGAACCAGGAGGUUAGCCUAGCGUACCAUGAAGACGAGAAACAGCUAUCCUGGCUCUGUC